UGUUAGGAAUGGUGGGAGUUGAAGUCCAAAACACCCCGCGGGCCCAAGUUUGCCCAGGCCUGAACUCGACUAUCCUAUCUCUGUUGAUUUCCCACAAAGUCCAGCGGUCACCAUGGCAACUCAGAGUCCUAGAGCGGCACCUUUUUCCUCACGCCCCACUACCGGAAGUGUGCUCUUCCUCUCCUUCCGAGGGCCGCCCAGCGAUGAAGUCCGCCUUCGUCACCGUCGGGACCACCAGCUUCGACGACCUCGUCGCUGCCAUCGCGGCUCCGAAGGCUGUAAAGGUUUUGCAGGAUCUUGGCUACCGGAAACUGGUCCUCCAGGUCGGCAGGGGCUCCGUGUGCCCAGACCCAUUCAGCACAAAUACGUUCACAUUGGAAGUCUUCAGGUUCAAGAACUCACUCACGGAAGAGGUGCAAGCUGCAGACCUAGUCAUAAGUCACGCAGGGGCCGGAAGCUGUUUGGAGGUCUUGGAAGCUGGCAAACCGCUCCUGGUCGUUGUCAAUGACAAACUUAUGGACAACCAUCAAUUAGAACUGGCAAGGCAGCUGCACAGAGACGGGCACCUAUUUUACUGCAGUAGCAGGGACCUUGUGGAGACCCUCCGAUCCAUGGACUUGUCGACCCUGAAGCCUUUUCCUCGUGGACAACCAGAAAAGUUUGCAGAAUUCCUGGACAAAGCGAUUGGCAUUAGGAAAAGAAGAGAAAAGCUGGCCAUGAAGGAAAGGGGGGGGGGGUCACCUUUUGCUCCCACCUGCGUGGGGCACGUGAAGGUGGGGAAAGCAAAGCCCCAAAUUGCCGGCAGCUGGGCGCGGGGACGCGCACGGGGCCCUCCAGCCUUCAAAGGCACGCGCCCCAGGCCGGAGCGCGCGUCCCUCGGGCUCCCCGGUCUCUCUCUCGGUCUCCUUUCUCUCUUCCUUUCGUUUCCCCUUCUGGAGAGGAGAGCCAUGCAGAAGGGCUGGAAGAAGUACUUCGGGCAGAAGUCGCUCAGCGAGGUCACCAUGGACGAGUACCUGGGCAGCCUGGGCCUCUACCGCAAGCUCACCGCCAAGGACGCCUCCUGCCUCUUUCGGGCCAUUUCCGAGCAGGUGUAUGCUUGCCAGAUCCAUCACAUGGCAGUCAGAAAAGCUUGUGUGGCCUUCCUAAGGAAAAACAAGCAGAAUUUUGAGUCCUAUGUGGAAGGAUCGUUUGAGAAAUACCUGGAACGGCUUGGAGACCCAAAGGAAAGUGCUGGACAACUAGAAAUCAGUGCCUUCUCCUUGAUCUAUAAUCGAGACUUCAUUCUGUACCGGCAUCCUGGAAAGCCGCCUUCCUAUGCUACUGACAAUGGCUUUGAGGAAAAGAUACUACUAUGUUCCUCCAGUAAUGGCCACUAUGAUUCUGUGUACAGCAAACAAUUCCAGGCAAAUGCUGCCAUUUGCCAAGCUGUCUUAUAUGAGAUCCUGUACAAAUAUGUCUUCAAAGUGGAUGAGGAAGAACUGAGAAUGGCCCUGGAGAUGUUUCGGAGCGGGUCCAAGAAGAACAGGAACAGCACUUCGGUCGGGAGUGAGGAGGCCAACUUCGAGGCUGUUCCUGAGAGAGGCUUCCGAAGUUCUCCAGAAAAGAGACCUCAGGAUUGGGAAGGAUUUGAGCCCGCCAACCAGCUGGAGGAAAACUGCAAACAAGGCGUUGAAGAGGCAAAGCCUCCGGAAAACCCCAAGAUGCCCUUUCCUUACAAAGUGCUGAAAGCAUUGGACCCUGAGAUCUAUCGCAACAUCGAGUUUGAUGUUUGGUUGGAUAGUAGGAAAGAACUUCAAAAAAUGGACUACCUGGUGUUUGCUGGGAGACAGUACUAUCUAGGGGACAAGUGUCAGGUGCGCCUAGACGCCGGAGGCAAAUACUACAAUGCCCACAUCCAGGAUGUGGGGCAAGAUAACAUGGUGACUGUCUUCAUUGAAGAGCUGGCAGAGAAGCACCUUGUUCCACUGGUGAAUUUGAAGCCUGUGACGCAAGUGACACCGGUCCCUGCAUGGAAUAUAGUCUCAAGUCGGAAAGGAGGAGGCUACCAGAAGCUGUCAGAUAUGGACAUAAAAUCACGGAAGAAGCUCUUCAAGAAAGUCAGAGGAAAGGAGGUCUACAUGACGGUGGCCUACAGCCGAGGGCACGCCGUCCUCCCUCCGCGGCUCCAGCAUGGUCUUUCGUCGGGACGGUCCUCUCCCGUCCAUUGUUCUCAAAGCGGAGGCCAUAUAAGCCCUUAUGAACAUUACCAACCUCCAAAUUGCCAGCGCUCUGGCAGGGGAUAUGGGAUGUCCAGGGGAUCUGCCCGGUUUAUAAACAGGAACAACAUAGUAGGUCCGGAAAUAGCUUUCUAUCCUACAGCAGGAAAGAGAUGCUAUCAGAGCUACGACAACUUCUCAUAUAGGUCACGCUCAUAUAGCCGUAGUCGCCGCCAGAUGCAGUGCGUCAACAAGGAGUGCCAGUACGGAUUUUCACCAGAGAACGGUGAGGAACCUCAAGGUCUGGAAGAAACCAUCACUUUCUAUGAAAUAGAAGAAGGGGAUGACACAACCUUUCCUGCAUUGCCCAACCAGGGCAAUCCAGCUCCAAUCGUCCCUGCUUCGACCGGAUUUUGGGUCACCAGAAGAGCCCCGAGUCCCAUUCCACCAAACAAACAGGGUCUCAAUUCCUCCGAGGAAGAAGUCGAGGAACCAAGUGACAACGGGGAGUACCAUGAAGAUUAUCUCUAUGGCCCUUCAGAUCCAGACUGUGAAGCUCCAGCUGUGUUUAGUGCCGCUGAAUCUACGGCAAACUUGUCUUUGCAAGAUGGGAGAACAAGUACUCUAUCUUCUCAGGAAGGUGUCGCUUCAUACAGUUACUCUCAGAAGGUCCUGGUGAAUUCGGGGGUCAUUUCUUCCUCCUCCUCAUGCGCCAAUCCCACUCCAGCUUCCGGCUUCUCCUCCAGUGCGCCUGCUCAAGUCAACGCCUCUGCAUCGGCCCCUCAAAAUGCCGUGCCACCCAUCAUCGUAUCCCCUUCUGUGGGAAGGCCAGUGGUGAUUCCUUCGGCGCCUUAUCCCUACCAGUCUCCGGUGCCAAACAGCGAUGUGGGGGAAAACGGGAGCGUGACCCCACCAUAUUCCUGUGACCCAAAUGGCAGUGACCUUCCCAGGGACCCAAAGAUUGUGCAGUAUUACUUCAACUUGGGCUUGCAGUAUUACCAUCAAAGCUGCUGGAACCCCAUGAUGUACGUGCAGCAGGUGCCUCCAUCUCCUCACAUGGAAGCCUACCAGCCAUAUCCGGAACCGGUCCCAGUGGUAGACACAUCCAUGCCUCCACCAUACGCUGAAGUAGGAAGGAAUGACAUGCGGCAGGCCCAUAUGGAUGCGUCGGCAAAUGGAGCUUUACCCAUCGCAGAGCCUCCCCUGCCACCCCACGGAGCCGUUUACUACCCCGUUGUCCCUGAUCCUUACGCCCAGCCGCCUCUCUCUGGAUACGAUGCCUGUGUCCCCUUGGUGCCUGCCUACCACUACGCUGGCCCUUGGUUCCCGGGAAGCCCAUCCUACGGCACUUCGGCCCGCGUCCAUAGCGCCGUGAACCCUGCCCACUUCCCACAGAUGGGCUACGUGGCCUCCUCGAACCCAGCACCACAUUUUGUCGCUCAGAGUAUGUAAACCUGGAAAAGGACUCUGUCACCAAACCAUUCCUGUUUCUUUGUGUUGCGUUCCUUGCGUUGGUUUUAUUUCUCUGCCUUCCUGUUUUGUUCCGAGGGCAUCGUCCAUAGGAAGAAUGUUCUCUUUAUCUCUUUUUUUAAUUUUUCAUGUUUUAUCUGUAAUGUUGGUUUUGUACUUAUGGUGGGGGUGGGGCUCAGUAUUUUGUAUUUUAUGAAGAUAUUUGUAGGACACUAUAACCUUAUACAUCAAGCAUUGCUGCAGCAAGGAAAGACAGUGAGUAGGAACAGAUGGAGUAAUGCAGCCUGUCCUCAGCUUGGGACCUUCCAGAAGAGUUGGGCGACAUCUCCCAUCAUCCCCAGUUGCAUGACCAUUGGUCACUGGCCAUGUGACUUGGGGAUUAUGGGGGCAUUUGCGCAAGACCUCCGGGAGGCAUCAAGUUAGAGAGUUCUGAACCAGUGCCGUUUUCUUCAUAUUUUAUUACUGCAAUAUAGUGGGUAUUGGCAAAGUGAUACCGCUGUUCCAAAUAAUCAGAGUGAUACCUUCUCAUCUCCUCCUGGCUUGAAUAUAAUUCUGAGAUCUCCAUAUGCUUUCCAUGUUUAAAAAAAACCCCAGCACAUUGAAGGCAAAGAUGUGAAAGCUAAACACGUAAAGAGUUCCCAGGCCAGUGAUGGUUCUUGAUUCGACCUCUCCGCAAGUGAGAUAUAACCAUUCUGGUGUAUCGCUCUCAGUUAACUGCCUACCAAUCAUUCUUCAAUUUUAACGUGGUCUCCGCGGGGCACUGCUUUUGAAGGUGGGGAAUCGUUGUCUUGGAUUGGUGCUGCUGCUGCUGUCACAGUCUGUAAUAAGGUUUCUAAAAGAAUAAUCACUGCACAAGUGGAUGAAGAGUGGGGUUUAAUUUGGCACCACCAUCACUCAAUAAAAGCAGAUUCUGAA